GAAGUGAACGGGAUAGAAGAACUGGAAAAAUAAAACUGCAGAAGCGUUAUUUUCUCCCCCGAUAAUAUCGCUCGCUGAUCUGGAAAAAAAGGCCAAAUUGGCAACACGUACGCAUCGCCGCGUGAGAGACACUUAGUUAAGGCUGCGAAGAAGACAACCCCCCCCACAGGGAGCACCGCGCGCACCGGACAAGGAAGCCCAAAAAAACAUUUUCCAGAAAGUGCUAAAACACCAUGGGAGCAUUUGGAAGCAAAAAUAUGGAAUAUUACAACUACGCCAGUAUGAAGCUGCUGGAAAGAGACAAAUACACAAAUGAAGAGGAAGAAGAAGAGGACAACCAUUACUGUAAGGAAACUGACAUCCGAGAAACAAUUAAAAAAGCGAGAGAAAUAAGAAACUGUAACUAUAAGGAAUCGAUGGAUUUAUAUAUAAAAGCGUUGAAGAGGCUAAAAAAGUUAAAAGAAAAUAACUCCAGGAUAUAUAGGAAUGUCCUCGAAUUUGAAAUAAGACCACAAGAAAUAGCUAGCAGUGUGUCGUUAAACAGUAGUUUAGAAAAAAAUACCUACAUGAAAAAAGAGGGUGAUAAAAAUUACACAUGCGCUACAUCGAAUGAUAAUCAAGCCAUAUCGAUAAAUAAUAAAAUUGCAUCGCUGUACAACGAAAUUGCAGACCUUUGUUGCAUUCACGAUUUUAUAGAAAAAUCACUCUUUUAUUAUGAUAAGGCUUGUUCAUAUAACCCUUCCAAAAUUGAUUAUAUAUACAAGAAAGGGGUUUUAUUUCAACAAAUGAAUGAUACGGAGAGGGCCAUUAACACCUUCAAAAUUAUUCUGGCUGCGGAGCCGAAUCACAUUCCGACAUUAUUUUCGCUGGGUAAUUUGUACAGGUAUAUAGAUAACCAUAUUGCCCUUUCUUACUUCGAGGCCAUCCUCAAAAUCGAGCCAAAUAACACCGAAGUUUUAUCCCUCAUUGCUUCCUGCUAUGAUAACUUGGGGAAACUGAAUGAAGCCAUUUCUUAUCAGAAUAAGGCAGUCCAGAUCGACCCCGACAAUUUCAACCACAAGAAGUUUGCCCAGAGGCUCAUCGAAAUGAAGUCUCAGAAUUG